UCGCCGGAAAUUUGGCCCCUGAACUCGAAGUCCUUGUCGUCAAAGCCACGAGCCACGAAGAGGUUCCCGCCGAUGACAAGUACGUAAGGGAAAUCCUGAGCCUCACUUCGCAUUCAAGGGGCUACGUCAAUGCAUGCUUGAUCACGAUUUCUAAGAGGCUUUCCAAGACGCGUGAUUGGAUUGUUGCUGUCAAGGCACUUAUGCUUGUUCAUAGGGUUCUCGUUGAUGGGCACCCUCUUUUUGAGGAAGAGCUUGUGUAUGCAACACGCAGAGGGAUGAGGAUCCUUAACAUGAGUGAUUUCAGGGACGAGGCUCAUUCAAGUUCUUGGGAUCAUGCCGGUUUUGUCAGGGUUUAUGCAUUGUACCUUGAUGAGAAAGUUGAGUUUGUGGCUUAUCAGAGGAUGCUCAGAAGUGGUGGUGGUGGUGGUGAAUCUGGUGGUGAUGGUGAAUUUAGGGAUGAGUUUGGUUCUGGAAUUGGUAGGAGGACUAGGUCUUAUGGUGAUGUGAGUGAGUCAUAUGGAAGAGAGCAUAAUCCGAGGAAUGAGGUUGUGACCCCUGUUAGGGAGAUGGGAUCUGAGAGGGUUUUGGAGAGGUUGAAGCAUUUGCUUCGGAUCCUCGACCGUGUUUUAGGUUGUAGGCCGAGUGGCGCCGCCAAGAGUAGUAGGCUUGUGCUAGUUGCGCUUUACCAGGUUGUGAGGGACAGCUUCAAGGUUUAUGUGGAAUUGUGUGAUGUGUUGGGAGUGUUGUUGGAUCGGUUCACUGAAAUGGAAUAUGCACAUUGUGUAAAGGCCUUUGAUUGUUAUGUUGGCGCGGCCAAGACGAUGGAUGAGCUUGUUGGCUUCUACAGUUGGUGCAAGGACAUGGGAAUUGCAAGGUCAUCUGAGUACCCUGAAGUGCAGAGAAUCACGGAUAAGCUUCUCGCCACACUUGAGGGUUUCUUGAAAGAGAAGACUAUUAGAGCAAAAAGUCCUGAGAGGAACAUUGAACAGGCCAAGGUAACUGUCAUAGAGAAAGAGACAGAGACAGAGCCAGAAAUCAAUGAGAUGAAGGCACUCCCGGCACCUGAGAACUUCACACCAGCACCGCCGCCCUCGUUUGUUGCGCAGCCUAAGCCGGCAGCUCCUACUCAUAAGGAGACAAAUGAUUUAGUGGAUUUAAGGGACAAUGGCAAUUCAGCUGAUGAGCAAGGGAAUAAACUAGCAUUGGCAUUGUUCAAUGGACAAGCAGCAGUGAGGGGAGAAGGUUCUUGGGAGACCUGGCAAAGCAGAUUGGGAACUUGCAUUGGUAGAGACAAGUAGCAACUUGUCGAAGCAAAAAGCAGAUUUGGCAGGUGGAUUUGAUCCACUGCUACUGAAUGGGAUGUAUGAUCAAGGUGCUGUGAGGCAACAUGUGAACACAAAUCAACUGAGUGGUGGGAGUGCUAGCAGUGUGGCACUCCCAGGACCCGGCAAGAGCGCCACGCCCAUUCUGGCUCUGCCUGCCCCGGAUGGAACAGUGCAGGCAGUAGGGCCGCAGGAUCCGUUCGCAGCGUCGCUGGCAGUGCCGCCGCCGUCUUAUGUGCAAAUAGCAGACAUGGAGAGGAAGCAGCAUUUGCUUGUGCAGGAGCAACAAGUAUGGCAGCAGUAUGGGAGAGAUGGGAUGCAGGGUCAGGUGGGGUUAGCAAGGGUUGCUGGUUCUGGCUACUAUGUUGCUGGCCCUCAACCUGUGAUCAUGCCUUAUGGAAUGCCACAGUUUGGUGUUGGUGGUGGAUACCACCACCAUGCACCUUUUUGACUUGCAUUGGUUCGCUUUUUAUUGGGGCUCUUUGUUUUUGCGCCAAACUAUGUUUUUUUCUUUCUUUUCUACGAGCUGUGUGGUGUAUCUAAGUUUGUUUGGCAAUGCGGUUGCCCAGGUGCCAGAGGGGAUAUCUAUACAUAUUUAAGAGUUUUGUACUUGUCAAGUAUUAAGUUACAUACUACAAUCUACAACAAUAAUAAUAAUUGUUAUUAUGAA